AUGUCACCUCAUCACCCAAAUGUCAACAGUGCGGUACCAACCCAGCUGUCGUGCGCUGUAGAGACUGCCUUCUGUGACCCUUCUUUGGUGCCGAUUGUGCUCCACAAUCAGGAUGCCAUGGUGAAAGGCUUCCUACAGCCACUGCCUCCCACUGCAGGCAUCACAGUCAUUGACGGCAGCCCUGCUUCAAACCAACUUGGAAACGUUUUUGUGUUUUAAAGAUCACACAUUUUAUUUACCUUCCUUGCCAUGUUGAAUAUCCUUUGGUGUUGAAUAUCUUUUGUCAUUAACCUCUUAAGGAUCGGGCCCUUUUUUUCAAUUUUCGCCUAAAAUUACAUACCCAAAUCUAACUGCUUGUAGCUCAGGACCUGAAGUGAGGAUAUGCAUAUUCUUGAUACCAUCUGAAAGGAAACACUUAUAAUACAUCUGGUAAAAGAUAAUACAAUUUUUUUUUUUUUUAUCAUCUUUGAAAUGCAAGAGAAAGGCCACAAUAUAAUAUUGCAGUUUAGGCGCAAUUUAGAGUUUAGCUACUAGAUGGAAGCAGAGUGUGUGCAAAGUUUCAGAUUGAUCCAGUGAAGCAUUGCAAUACUGGACUAUUUUGUAUUAAGUCUGCCCAAAUGUGCCAAAUUGGUCAAUUGAUACAUUUUCAAGUACAUACAGUGGGGAGAACAAACUUAUGUAGUAUUUGAUACACUGCCGAUUUUGCAGGUUUUCCUACUUACAAAGCAUGUAGAGGUCUGUAAUUUUAUCAUAGGUACACUUCAACUGUGAGAGACAGAAUCUCACAAAAAUCCAGAAAAUCACAUUGUAUGAUUUUUAAGUAAGUAAUUCAUUUGCAAAUACUUAUGUAAUAAGUAUUUGAUACAUCAGAAAAGCUUAAUAUUUGGUACAGAAACCUUUGUUUGCAAUUACAGAGAUCAUAAGUUUCCUGUAGGUCUUGACCAGGUUUGCACACACUGCAGCAGGGAUUUUGGCCCACUCCUCCAUACAGACCUUCUCCAGAUCCUUCAGGUUUCGGGGCUGUCGCUGGGCAAUACGGACUUUCAGCUCCCUCCAAAGAUUUUCUAUUGGGUUCAGGUCUGGAGACUGGCUAGGCCACUCCAGGACCUUGAGAUGCUUCUUACGGAGCCACUCCUUAGUUCCCUGGCUGUGUGUUUCGGGUCGUUGUCAUGCUGGAAGACCCAGCCACGACCCAUCUUCAAUGGUCUUACUUAGGGAAGGAGGUUGUUGGCCAAGAUCUUGCGAUACAUGGCCCCAUCCAUCCUCCCCUCAAUACGGUGCAGUCGUCCUGUCCCCUUUGCAGAAAAGCAUCCCCGAAGAAUGAUGUUUCCACCUCCAUGCUUCACGGUUGGGAUGGUGUUAUUGGGGUUGCACUCAUCCUUCUUCUUCCUCCAAACACGGCGAGUGGAGUUUAGACCAAAAAGCUCUAUUUUUGUCUCAUCAGACCACAUGACCUUCUCCCAUUCCUCCUCUGGAUCAUCCAGAUGGUCAUUGGCAAACUUCAGAUGGGCCUGGACAUGCGCUGGCUUGAGCAGGGGGACUUUGCGUGCGCUGCAGGAUUUUAAUCCAUGACGGCGUAGUGUGUUACUAAUGGUUUUAUUUGAGACUGUGGUCCCAGCUCUCUUCAGGUCAUUGACCAGGUCCUGCCGUGUAGUUCUGGGCUUUUCCCUCACCUUCCUCCUGAUCAUUGAUGCCCCACGAGGUGAGAUCUUGCAUGGAGCCCCAGACCAAGGGUGAUUGACCGUCAUCUUGAACUUCUUCAAUUUUCUAAUAAUUGCGCCAACAGUUGUUGCCUUCUCACCAAGCUGCUUGCCUAUUGUCCUGUAGCCCAUCCCAGCCUUGUGCAGGUCUACAAUUUUAUCCCUGAUGUCCUUAUACAGCUCUCUGGUCUUGGCCAUUGUGGAGAGGUUGGCGUCUGUUUGAUUGAGUGUGUGGACAGGUGUCUUUUAUACAGGUAACGAGUUCAAACAGGUGCAGUUAUUACAGGUAAUGAGUGGAGAACAGGAGGGCUUCUUAAAGAAAAACUAACAGGUCUGUGAGAGUCGGAAUUCCUACUGGUUGGUAGGUGAUCAAAUACUUAUGUCAUGCAAUAAAAUGAAAAUUAAUUACUUAAAAAUCAUACAAUAUGAUUUUCUGGAUUUUUGUUUUAGAUUCCGUCUCUUACAGUUGAAGUGUACCUAUGAUAAAAAAUUACAGACCUCUACAUACUUUGUAAGUAGGAAAACCUGCAAAAUCGGCAGUGUAUUAAAUACUUGUUCUCCCCACUGUAACUAUAGAGAACAUACAAAAAUUAUAUGGUAAUACAAAAUGUCAUACAUGAAGGAUCAUUAGCUUAUACACUAACAUCUAGAUGGCUGGGCGGGGUGGGUGUGGAGCCAGAGACAGAAGGGGUUCAAACUGUAGAACUCAGUUCCUACAUUUUAAUAUAAAAAUUGAUUUUAUCAAACAAAACUAUGCUACAUUUUAUCACUGGGACCCUUAGGAUGACAAAUCAGAGCAAGAUUACUGAAUGUAAGUACAUUAUUUACCUUCAGAGGUGAAUGUAUCAAACCAGUUGUCGUGAUAGGUUUUUUGUUGUUGUGCACUCUCCUCAAACAAUAGCAUGGUAUUUAUUUACUGUAAUAGCUACUGUAAAUUGGACAGUGCAGUUAGAUUAACAAGAAUAUAAGCUUUUUGCCCAUAUAAGACAAAUCUUGUCCUGGAAAUUUGCUGUUACUUACAACAGUCAUGCUAAUCACAUUAGCGCACGUUAGCUCAACCAUCCCGUAUAUGGGACACCGAUCCCGUAGAGGUAAAUUGUAUUCUGAUAUCUGAUGUUUUUAUUUAGCUCAUCUUCUGCCUGUAGAGAUCUUGCAACAUUUUUGUCUGUGUCCACAACCGGCAAUUAGGGUUUGCCCUGGCAGAUCUGUUUCGCUUUUAACCAUGAACACUAAAGAUGCAGUAUAUCUUUAUUUAGUUGCAGUAUGUCUUAUUACUAUAUGUUUGACUUUUAAACCGAUCAACUUUACUGACCCAUUCCACUCUUUAGGUCGUUAAAAUCUGGCAUUGCCAGAGCUCCAUCAACAGAUGUGUUCUCGUCAUAUGAAGAGAUGAAGAUGGCAGCACCAGGCAUGUCACGUCAAGCAUUUUUGACAAUGCCUGACUAGAGGACAGAGCGUUUUGGCAGAGUAAAUUUAUCCUCAUUAUUCUAAAGCAAAACUGACAGACUGGUGGAGGCUAUUUUAUAAUUUACUGCUAUUUUGUUAUUUAUCAGACAGGGAAAACUACCGCUGUCUUCUAAACUUCCAUGGCUAGUUGCAGGUGAAACGUUAGAAUUUAGAAAAUGUUUGUUACUCAAAUAAAUCAUUUUUUGCUCCAUGAAGUAAUCCAACAAUGUGUACACCGCCAUCUUGUCUAUUUCAAAUCUUCUUUCAUUCAGCGAGACAGGUAGUUGUCCACCCCACCUCAGGAAUCAAGCGUCGCUUUGAAUGACACUUGUCUCCAUCAAUGAGAGAAGAUUUGAAAUAGACAAGAUUGUGAUGUACACAUUGUUGGGUUACUUCAUGGAGCAAAGAAAUUGAUUUAAUUUAAUAAUGGAGCAUUUUCUAAAUUCCAACAUUCCACCUGCAACUAGCCAUGUAUGUUUAGAAGACAGCGGUGGUUUCUAAUUCGGGAAUUAAGAAAAGUACCGCCAAGUAAAGGUUGUUCUAAAUAUUCACUGCUCACCAUUAACACUAGCUACUGUACGCAUCACUGGCUAUUGGACUAGCCAUUGAUUUAUUAGCUAGGUGAGAGACACAGCGAGAGAGGAAGAUUUCAAAGUGCAACAGAAAUGUGUAAUUCUAACUGUAUAUCCAAAAGCCUGUUGAUUUGAAUUACUUACAGGGAACAGAGCCCAGACACUUACUUAUGGACCUGAACCCAGGCUUGCUAAAGGCACACAUCAGCGAGAUGGACAGGAGUGACAGAAAUGUUAAAAUCCUUUUCCGGACAUUUUGAAUAAAGUUAUGUCCGCUGCUGGAAGUCGCUCUCUCUCAUUAUCUCUCUCUCUCUCUCUCUCAUUUCUCUUUCUCAUCCUCUAUCUCUCUCUGAUUCUCUCUCUUUGUCUGAUUCUGUCUCUCCCUGAUUCUCUCCUCUCUCCAGUGUACACUCCUUCUGUGGACGAGUUUAGACAUGGAACCGAGAACUCCCAGAAAACACUGGUGGACAUCAGGCCUGUUGAGAGAUGGAGAUGGAGAGAACUGUGUGUGUGUGUGUGUGUGUGUGUGUGUGUGUAUACUGAUGGAGUCUGCUUGCUGUAAAGCCAAAUAUAAACCAUUUACAAUUGUCUGUCCCUACUUUCCAGCCUGCCAUCCACUCCCACUCCCAGUUAGACAGGGCAUGUACAGGCCUCAGUCAGUUCCACUAUGCUCUGGGGAAUGUGAAGGACAUCCAGAACUCCCUGGCAGACAUCCGCAAGGACUGGAGGCAAAACAUCAACGUCAUUGAAUCCUGA